GUCAAGCUGGGAGCUGCCCGACCUGAGAGAAGGAAGAGUAAAAGCCAUCAGCGAUUCGGAUGGUGUGAGCUACCCCUGGUACGGAAACACCACAGAAACUGUGACCCUGGUCGGGCCCACUAACAAGAUCUCCAGGUUCUCGGUGAGCAUGAAUGACAAUUUCUACCCCAGCGUGACAUGGGCUGUCCCUGUGAGCAACAGUAACGUGCCGCUGCUGACCAGGAUUAAAAGGGACCAGAGCUUUACCACGUGGCUGGUGGCCAUGAACACCACCACCAAGGAAAAGAUCAUCUUGCAGACUAUAAAGUGGAGGAUGCGAGUGGACAUUGAGGUUGAUCCCAUGCAGCUGCUGGGGCAGCGGGCACGGCUGGUGGGAAGGACUCAGCAGGAGCAGCCCCGGAUCCUCAGCAGGAUGGAGCCCAUCCCACCAAACGCACUAGUGAAACCCAAUGCCAACGAUGCCCAAGUCCUCAUGUGGAGACCCAAGCGAGGCCAGCCUAUAGUCGUGAUACCUCCCAAGUAG